AUGGAUGCUGCUAACCAAAUUGCACGUUUUAUAUGGAAUAAAGGGGGUUAUAUGGCUAAAUGCAUUCAGAUAUGGAGAAAUUAUUUCAUAAAGACAGAAGAGCUUCUUCCUUACCACCAAAGUAAACAUACCAAACUCGAAAGCUUAAUUAACGAUGAGGAUUUUAGUGAAGAUUGUAUAGAGUGGUUAAGGCAACAAAAACCGGAAGUAUGUACACCUAGUAAUUUGAAAGCAUAUAUUGAGAAUACACUAUUUUCAAAAUUGAUUGGUCAUAUCAAAGAAGACACUAUAUCAGAGAAGACGUGUAGAAAUUAUAUGUAUUCAUGGGGUUUUAAAUAUAAUGAGAGAAGAAAGGGUAUUUUCUUUGAUGGUCAUGAGAGACCAGAUGUGCUGGUGUAUAGAAACAAAUGGUUAAAGAAAAUGUUCAUGUAUAAAAAAAACAUGAAAGAUUUUGUUGGUGAAAAUAUUUUGCGCCCAAAACAUCUGGGACGUUCUAAAAUGGUCUCUGCUUUUUUGUGCCCUUGCCAUGAACUAUUAUGCCUAACUGACCAACAGUUAUAUGAAAAUCCGUAUAUUAAAGAUAAAGAAACAUUUGUGAUUCAUUCUGUUCAGAUAGAUGGAUAUUGGAAGGCAGAGCAUAUGCUUGAACAGCUUGUAAGUAAAGUAAUCCCAGUAUUUGAAAUAUUACACUCCGGGUGUAUCGGUAUGUUUUGCUUUGAUCAAUUUACUAAUCAUAAUGCUAUGGCAGAGGAUGCACUAAUCGCAAAAAAGAUGAACUUGAGUUCUGGAGAGAAACAACCGAUGAUGCAAAAUGGUUGGUUUAUUGAUGAAACCGGAAAAAAAUGUGUGCAACCGAUGGUAUUUCCGAAUGAUUAUCAAAAGGAGGCGUUAAGAGGCAAGCAAAAAUGUUUGAGGCAAGUGCUUGAAGAGCGAAAACUCUGGUCUGCAGAAAAGGUUCUGCUAGUAUGUGAAAAAUGUUCUAGAAAAUGUACUGAUAAUGGCCCAGAAAAGUUGGAUUGCUGCGCACAAAGAAUCAUGUCAUUGCAGCACGAUUUUCUUGAACAAUGGUCUCUGUUAGAAGAAGCUGUAAUUAAUGCAAGGCACAUUUUUGAAUGCUAUCCCAAGUUUCAUUGCGAGUUAAAUCUUGUUCUGGAAGUUCUUAAGAGUGUUUCUGUAAUCACUAUUCGCAAAUUUUCCCAUAAAUCGUGGAGAUAUAUGGAUGCAUAUGAUAAAGGACUGAAAGGUGUAGCUGCUGAGUGGGCUGUUAAUCAGUAUAAAUCACAUUGUCGAAUCCUGAAGAAUAUUGAGCAAAUGAUGGAAUGA